AUGUCAAUUUUCACUUCGAGAAUAAAUAUUCGACGAGCAAUUUUCACGUUUACUUUAAAUUGUACCCGAAGUUCUUCCUUGCAACAAAUCAAACCAAGAAUAUUUACCAUUAACAGUAAAGCUCAUAGUAAAAUAACACUGACAACUAAAUUUAAUUUUAUUGGUUCGCAAAAUAAUACGAGAAAAACCAUAUUUUACUUACCAUUAAUUGUAGACAACAGACAAUUCUCUCGAAAUUCAAGCUCUUACAAUAAGCAUAAAGAAAAGGAAUCGAAG